CUUUGUAACUUUAAAUCAUGUUGUUGUUGCUGUUGCUGCUGCUCUGUUGUUGUUGUUUUUGUGAAGGAGCGUCUGUCAAGAAAGUAGUGAAAUGGACAUGACUCACGCCAUACCAUUUCUAUUUAGAAGAAUUUGAAUAUUUCAAUAUCAUUCAAAAAUGAGGAUUUGCACUUAGAAAUUAAAGUUCAAGCAGAACGAUGGGAUCUGUACAGCGGGCAUUUGCCCAGAAACUGACAAAACAACAUGCCUCUGAUGUAAGGCGUCAAAUAGCCGCUACAUCAUAUUCAAGGGACGCCACCAAGACAGGAAGUGGAGCAUCGGGUUUAUCUUCUACUGUUUCUCUUGGUGAUGUAGUCGAUCCUCUCGAUUAUGAGGACUUUAUCCAGCAACAUCAACUCCUUAUUGACCGUGACCCUCUCCGGCCUAUGCUUGAUUUUCCUGUGAAUGAUAUUGAAGUUGGAGUGAUUCCACGAAAAAUUCGCACAGAAGCACCAGUUUUACCAGAAGAACCUCUAUCUGAACUCUCUCCUCAAGUUCGUGAUUGUGUCGAAAGUUACACACGAGACUGGAUAGUCGUAGAUUAUCGUUUUCGUCACCAUUCUAGCAGUGCUUUUUCCCAAGACAGAUCAGAGGAACGUCUCACAACAUUGCAAAAUAUCCCCCAUCAAGAAUUUGAGGUUGAUGGAGAAGCAGUCCCAACUGCUAAUCCAUCGGGACGUUUGUCAGUCACAUCUGCUGACACCCCUCGAGGGAGUUGGGCCAGUUUUGAUCUCCAGAAUUCAGUUAGUGAUCCUGUGAUAUCAGGUCUCCUUGAAAGAACUGCACCUGAGACUAUUGACAAACUCAAUGAAUCCCGUCGGCAAGAGGGGAGGCAAGAUGCUUUAUUCUCAUUGUAUCCACAGCAAGAUGAAGAAGAUAUGAUUGAAAGAAGGAUCUCAGCAGACAUUCCAAAUGAGCACAUGGGUCACCGUAUCCUAGUGAAAUGUCUUCAGCUUAAGCUAGAAUUGGAAGUGGAACCAAUAUUCGCAUCAAUUGCACUAUAUGACUGCAAAGAAAAAAAAAAGAUAUCUGAAAACUUUUAUUUUGACAUGAAUCAGGAAGGCCUCAAAAGAAUGCUAACAUCUCAUAUACCUUACAGUGACAGCAGCACCUUGAGCAGAUCAUGCAUUUUUGACAUUACUUAUCCAUCGCCUGAUUUGUUUCUUGUCAUAAAACUUGAAAAGGUUCUACAGGGUGAUAUUAAUGAAUGUGCUGAACCAUACAUGAAAGAUGACAAAAACCGUGAGAAAGUUAAAGCAAAUGCUGUUGCAGCUUGUGAAAGGCUAGGAAAGUACCGGAUGCCUUUUGCUUGGACUGCAAUUUAUGUCAUGAACAUUAUAAGCGGUGUAAACAGCCUUGAGCGAGAUUCUGGUAGUGACAAAGAAGGUAGUGCCUCCAACAGCUUGGACCGGAAACACAGCAAUACUAGUUUAGAGCAGUUGAAGAAGAGAGCUUCUGACAUGGGCACCCUCACUCGACGAGGAUCUCUAGAAAGGCGCAGUGGAUCUGAAAAAAGGCGCAGCUGGUCACCUGAAGACUUUGGUUCAAGUUUGGAUACAUUCCGACCAGUUACUCUAACCGUUUCGAGUUUUUUCAAACAAGAACAAGACAGACUGAGAGACGAAGACUUGUACAAGUUUUUGGUGGACCUCAAGCGCCCAUGUUCAGUUUUAAAGAAGAAGUGUAUACCUGGUACUUUAAAAUUGGAUAUCUCCCCUUGCCCGGAUGACAUACCAUACAGCUUGACACCGGAGCUGGCGAGGAUCAAUCCCUACCCAGAUGAAAAAGGCCGACCCACGAAGGAAAUCUUAGAGUUCCCUCCGAGAGAAAUGUUCAUCCCGCACUACUCUUACCGCAACUUGUUGUACGUCAGCCCCAAGGACCUGAACUUUGCUGGGCGGACAGGGUCGGCGCGUAACAUCGCCGUCAAGAUGCAGCUCAUGUGCGGCGAGGAGGAGCACAACGCCAUGUCGGUCAUCUUCGGCAAAUCGUCGUGUCCAGAUUUCGCUUCUGAGGCGUACACCACCGUCAGCUACCAUAGCAAGUGCCCUGACUUUUACGACGAGUUCAAACUCAAACUGCCGGCAAACCUGGGGGAUCAGCACCACCUCCUGUUCACCUUCUACCACAUCAGCUGCCAGCGCAAGGAAGAGAAGACGACGGUAGAGACACCCGUCGGCUACACUUGGCUGCCAGUGUUCCGCGACGGCCGCCUUCAGACGGGGGAGUUCUGCCUGCCCGUCAUGAUGGAGCACCCGCCGCCCAACUACUCGUACAUCCCCCCGGAUGUGCUGCUGCCGGGCACCAAGUGGGUCGACAACCACAAGGGCAUCUUCGUUGUCGUAUUGGAUGCCUUGUCUUCGGUCCACACUCAAGACAAGUAUUUGGACAAGUUCCUGGGGCUGUGCGCCGCUCUCGAGGACGGGUCCAUCCCGCCACGCAUUGGCGAGGCCAACAUGGAGGGCGCGCUCAAGGCCAGCAUACUAGAGCUGACGCACGCCAAGUCCGAGCCGCUCGUCAAGUUCCUCCCCGUCAUCCUGGACAAGCUGCUACUACUGCUGGUGCGCCCGCCCGCUGUCAGCGGCCAGCUCAUGAACAUCGGCCAGACCACCUUCGAGGCGCUGGCCAGCUUGGUGAAGAGCAUCACGGCGCUGCCAGAGGGGCAGGGGGAAGUCCAGCGGGACCAGCACGGGCGGCACAGCCUGCUCACGGCCUACAUCACGUACCAGUGCGCGCUGCCCCACCCGGCCGAGGGCGCCGCCCAGCCCACCCUCACGGACCUGGGGCUGUCCCCGCCGCCGCUGCGCUCCACCAGUAACCCCAACCUGCACGGCCUCGCGGAGGAGGAGGCUCUGCUGUCCCCCACGGCCGGCGGUGCCCCUGGCGGCGCCGCCGCGGCUGCGCGGGGGCUGGACCGCACGGCCAGCAUGCGCACCGCCGUGGGGCCCAACAUGGUGCCCAGCGUGGUGGCGCUGCGCCUGGUGCACGAGGAGCUGGCCCUGCAGUGGGUCGUGUCGAGCGGCGCGGCGCGCGAGCUGGCCAUGGCUAACGCGUGGUUCCUGCUCGAGCUCAUGGUCAAGAGCAUGGUGGAGCACCUCGCCGCCACGGACGGGCUGGACGCGCCCCGGCGGACGCCCGGCCGCCUGUCGGAGCAGUUCACGGACGACGUGACGACCCUCGUGUCCACGCUCACGUCCGACAUCAUCUCGCGCUGCAGCAAGGAUCCACGCCUCGCGCAGAGCAUGAACGCCAGUCUGGCCUUCUUCCUGUUUGACCUGCUGUCGGUCAUGGAUCGUGGCUACGUGCUGUCCCUCAUCAAGACCUACUACAAGCAGAUGUCGGCCAAGAUCUCAUCCCUGCCCGACGCUGUCGGACUGAUCGGCCUCAAGGUGGACUUCCUCCGGAUCGUGUGCAGCCACGAGCACUUUGUGCCGCUCAAUCUGCCCUUCGGGACGCCCUUCACACCCAGCUCGGCGCCGUGCUCGCCCACGCCCUCCGUCACCUCCUCCAACAGCCAGUCGUCGUUCAUCUCGACGCUGGUGGGAGGGGACAGGACGAGCUUCUCCGAGCUGUCGCUCGAGUUCCGCCAGCAGCACUUCCUGGUCGGGCUCGUCCUGGGGGACCUGGCCGCCGUGCUCACCCUGCCGCACGCCCAGCUGCACGCCAAGGCCGUGAACAUGGUGCGCAACCUGCUGACCGGCCACGACAGCGAUCCCCGCUACGAAGACUCGGAGUGCCGCGCCCGCGUCGCUGCCCUGUACUUGCCCCUCCUCACCAUCGUCAUGGACAACCUGCACCAGCUGCACGGCUGGCGGGAGCGGGGGCGCUCCUUGCUCUCGCCCGCUCUAGAGGACGGCCCCGAGCCGCAGCCGGGCAUCAACCAGUCGGUGGCCAUGGCCAUCGCGGGGACGUCCAUGUUCGGCGCGCGCACCGUGGAGCCGUACGAUCCGUACGCCCAGCCCAGGAAGACCAGCCUGUCGGCGGACACGACGCGUCACCUGCUGGGCUGCUUCUUGUGGGUGCUCAAGAACAUGAACAAGACCCUCCUGAAGCAGUGGUGGACCGAGCUGCCGCCGCAGCGGUUUCACCAGCUGCUGGAGACACUGUACGUGGGGAGCUACACGUUCGAGUACCAAGGCAAGCGCGAGAUCCUGAAGCGCUGCGCCCCGCAGACUCUCGCCAAGACCACGGACGCCAAGUCCAAGCUCGAGGACAUGAUCCUGGGUCAGAGCUCAGCCCGAAAUGAAAUGAUGCUCCGCCACAAGGUCGCCGGCGGCGGGUCCCCCGGCGGCCCGGGGUCGCCCGGAGUGACUGGAGGCGCCAGCACGGAGCGCCUGCGCUGGCGCAAGGAGCAGAUGGCGUACCGCCCGAACACCGAGGCGAGCGACCGGCCCGCCGCCGACGUGGAGGCCGACGCGCACCUGGAGGGCAACCUGGCCACGGAGGUGAGCCUCGUGAUCCUGGACACGCUGGAGCAGAUGGUGGCCGUGGCGUCCCGCUCGGACGCCCUACAACCCCUCCUCGGCGCCGUGCUCAAGGUGUUGCUGCACGCGCUCGCCCGCCACCAGAGCUCCACUGUGCUGAGGCACAUGUUUGCCACGCAGCGGGCGCUCGUCUUCAAGUUCCCCAACCUGCUGUUCGACGAGGAGACCGAGCAGUGCGCUGACCUGUGUCUCCAGCUGCUGCGCCACUGCAGCUCCAACAGGGCUGCCGUGCGCUCACAGGCGUCCGCCUCGCUGUAUUUGCUCAUGAGGCAGAACUUCGAGAUCGGCAACAACUUUGCGCGCGUCAAGAUGCAGGUGACGAUGUCGCUCAGCUCCUUGGUCGGCACGAGCCGCACCUUCAGCGAAGAAUCGCUCCGCCGGUCGCUGAAGACCAUCCUGGUCUACGCGAGUGGUGAUGCAGAACUGCAGGAGACGACGUUCCCCGAGCAAGUCAAGGACCUCGUGUUCAACCUGCACAUGAUCCUGUCGGACACGGUCAAGAUGAAGGAGUUCCAGGAAGACCCGGAGAUGCUGCUCGACCUCAUGUACCGCAUCGCCAAGGGCUACCAGAACUCUCCGGACUUGCGCCUGACCUGGCUGGCCAACAUGGCGCAGAAGCACAUGGAGCGCAACAACCACACGGAGGCCGGCAUGUGCCUGGUGCACUCUGCUGCGCUCGUGGCCGAGUACCUCCACAUGCUGGAGGAGCGGCCGCACCUGCCGCUGGGCGCCGUGGCGCUGGAGAGGGUCACACCCAACGCGCUGGAGGAGAGCGCCGUGUCCGACGACGUGGUGAGCCCGGAGGAGGAGGGCAUCUGCCUGGGUAAGGAUUUCACGGAGAGCGGUCUGGUGGGUCUCCUGGAGCACGCUGCCGGCUCCUUCAACCUGGCCGGCAUGUACGAGGCCGUCAACGACGUGUACAGCAUCCUCAUCCCUAUGGCCGAGAGUGUCCAUUUAACUUUUGGCGCCGAUUCAACUUUUAAUUGUAUGGGCAUUAAAGCUAGCUUGGUGCUAGGUUAA